AUGUCGAUAGAGAAGAUCUGGGCUGGAGAUCCGGACUCCCAAAAUCCCCACGGUGGAGGUCUCUUCCGGGCUGCAGUGCCCAGUGGAGCCUCCACUGGUAUCUAUGAGGCCCUGGAGCUGCGGGAUGGGGACAAACAGCGUUACUUGGGCAAAGGUGUCCUGAAGGCAGUGGACCACAUCAACACCACCAUUGCUCCAGCCCUCAUCAGCUCAGGUCUGUCGGUGGUGGAGCAGGAGAAGCUUGACAACCUGAUGUUGGAGCUGGAUGGGACCGAGAACAAAUGUAAGCCAGGGCUGGGAGAAAGUGAGGAGGCCUUCAACGUGAUCAAUGGUGGCUCUCAUGCUGGGAAUAAGCUGGCCAUGCAGGAGUUUAUGAUCCUUCCAGUGGGUGCUGAGAGUUUUCGCGAUGCCAUGCGACUUGGGGCGGAGGUCUACCACACACUCAAGGGGGUCAUCAAGGACAAAUAUGGCAAGGAUGCCACCAAUGUGGGAGAUGAAGGUGGCUUUGCCCCCAACAUCCUGGAGAACAGUGAAGCCUUGGAGUUGGUGAAGGAAGCCAUCGACAAGGCUGGCUACACAGAAAAGAUUGUCAUUGGCAUGGACGUCGCUGCCUCGGAGUUUCAUCGCGAUGGCAAAUAUGACUUGGACUUUAAGUCUCCUGCUGAUCCCUCGCGAUACAUCACUGGGGACCAGCUGGGGGCCCUCUACCAGGAUUUUGUCAGGGACUAUCCUGUGGUCUCCAUCGAGGACCCCUUUGACCAGGACGAUUGGGCCGCCUGGUCGAAGUUCACAGCCAAUGUAGGGAUCCAGAUCGUGGGCGAUGACCUGACAGUGACCAACCCAAAGCGUAUCGAGCGGGCAGUGGAGGAAAAGGCCUGCAACUGUCUGCUGCUCAAGGUCAACCAGAUCGGCUCAGUCACGGAAGCCAUUCAAGCGUGCAAGCUGGCUCAGGAGAAUGGCUGGGGUGUCAUGGUGAGUCAUCGCUCAGGAGAGACUGAGGACACGUUCAUCGCCGAUCUGGUGGUGGGGCUGUGCACGGGCCAGAUCAAGACUGGCGCCCCGUGCCGUUCUGAGCGUCUGGCUAAGUACAACCAGCUCAUGAGAAUUGAAGAAGAGCUGGGGGACGAAGCUCGCUUUGCUGGACAUAAUUUCCGCAAUCCCAGCGUGCUGUGA